AUGUCAAACGAAGAUCUUCGAAAGAAAGCUAUUGAUAUAUCCAAACGAGCAUGUGAUGAAGAUCGCAAGACAAACUACGAAGAAGCCUACGGCCUUUACAAGCAGUCAAUUAGAUACUUCAUGCAUCUUUAUAAAUGUAAUGCCCUAUAUAGAUGAGCAAAAUCCCAUUCUCAAGCAGAGCUUCCAGGAAAAACUUGGCGAGUACAUGAAAAGAGCUGAAGAACUUAACGACUAUUUGCAUGGAGAAGAAAAGAAACAGCCAGUUCUCAGCGGCGGAGUCAGAGAAGAGCGCAAGGGACCAGGCAAAUCAGGUAAUCGGCCAGAAGACGACGAUGCAAAUGCAGGGCUGCGCAAAGGUCUUGAAGGGGCAAUUAUCACAGAAAAGCCCAACGUCAAAUGGACUGAUGUCGCAGGGCUCGCCAACGCCAAACAAGUCUUGCAAGAAGCCGUCAUUUUGCCAUCACGAUUUCCCGAACUUUUCGUUGGUAAACGUACCCCUUGGAAAGGUAUUUUGCUAUAUGGUCCACCAGGUACUGGCAAGUCCUUCCUUGCCAAAGCAUGUGCAACCGAAUGUGAUGGGACUUUUUUCUCAGUCUCUUCUAGUGAUUUAGUCAGCAAGUUCAUGGGAGAGUCCGAAAGACUUGUUAGGUCACUCUUUGAAAUGGCUAGGUCAAGCAGACCUGCUGUAAUUUUUAUUGACGAAAUCGACAGUCUAUGCGGCAGCAGAAGUGAAGGAGAAAAUGAUGCCACAAGAAGAAUCAAAACGGAAUUUCUCGUUCAAAUGCAAGGGGUCGGGCAUAAUGAAGAAGGGAUUUUAGUAUUAGGCGCCACCAAUAUUCCUUGGGAAUUAGACCCUGCUAUCAGAAGACGUUUCGAAAGAAGAGUUUAUAUUUCGCUACCAGAAGCACCAGCCCGAGCUUUGAUGUUCAAGCUGAACUUAGGAGACACCCCAAAUGAUUUGACUGAAGAAGAUUACAAUGAGCUUGGCAAUAGGACUGAAGGCUACUCAGGCUCUGAUAUUGCUACUACUGUAAAAGCUGCAUUAAUGGAACCUGUAAGAAAAUGCCAAAGAGCCACUCACUUUUUGCCUGUCAACGUUGCAGGACAGACCAAGUAUUCUCCAUGCGCCCCAAGUACUCCUGGAGCUAGAGAAAUGACACUUAUGGACGUCCCUGCUGGAGCUCUCAAACCGCCUGAGGUGGAUAUUGAUGACUUUUUCAGAAUUCUUGAUACCACAAGACCAUCUGUUUCUCCUCAAGAUUUACUAAAACAACAGGAAUUCACAGAGAUGUAUGGACAAGAGGGGUAA